AUGCCAACAGAAAAAGUGAUUGAACACAUUAUACAAUGGCUUAAAGAUUAUCAUCAAAAUAGUCGAACAAAAGGAUUUGUUGUCGGUGUAUCAGGUGGUAUUGAUUCAGCUGUUGUAUCAACAUUAUGUGCUCGAACAGGUGCGCCAGUACUUGUUUUAGAAAUGCCAAUUCGACAAUCAUCAAAUGAAGUAGGACGAAGUCAAGCUCAUAUUAAUUGGCUUAGAUCAAGUUUUCCAAAUGUUACUGGAACUGAAGUCAAUUUAACAGAAAUUUUUGAAGCAUUUGAGAAAACAGUUAAAAAAACUGAAGUGAAUGAAACAAAUUCAUCAGCCGAGCUUGCAUUUGCCAAUGUGAGAUCACGUUUAAGAAUGGUUAACUUAUACUAUUUUGCUUCAAUUAAAAAUUAUCUCGUUGCUGGCACAGGAAAUAAAGUUGAAGAUUUUGGUGUUGGAUUCUUUACAAAAUAUGGUGAUGGUGGUGUUGAUUUAAGUCCAAUUGGCGAUUUAUUAAAAUCAGAAGUACGAACUAUCGCCACAUUAUUAGGUGUUUCAAAUGAAAUAGUAACAGCAGCACCCACAGAUGGACUUUAUGGUGAUACUCGGACAGAUGAAGAUCAAAUUGGAGCUAGUUAUGAUGAACUUGAAUGGGCUAUGAAUUAUGUUGAUUCAGACAAAUCAAAACACGAGAAUACAAAAUUAACUGAUCGACAAGAAAUAGUUUUGAAUAUUUACAAGCAACGACAUGCAGCGAAUUUACAUAAAAUGGUGGAAAUUCCACGCUGUAUGAUUCCAUUAGAAUUAAAAUCAGCAUAA